GCUGCUUUCUGGUAUCCAAUCGGCGCGCUGCUUGUACGGCGUACUGGCCAAUCCGCGCACUGGAUGAGUAGUGGGUCAAAAAACGGGCAGGAAAAAAACAACUUGGUCUGUAAACAGCUUCUUGCAAACUAGCCGAACAAUCCCGGGUUCGCAAGAAAUAUUUUCUCAGGCAGGCAAAUAAAAUUAAAAAAAGGCAAAAAUAUAUAAAAAUGGAGACAGAAGCCAACACGAGAAAGCGAAACUACGCUGAGGAGAAAUCCGCUUCUGAGGCUUCAGAGGAUGAGGACUACGUACCAUAUGUUCCUGUUAAAGUUAGAAAACAGCAUUUGUUGCAGAAGAUGGUGCGUUUGCGGGGCAAAGGUUUGAUCGAGGAGGACCAGAAGGACAGCGGAGGAGAACAGAGGGAUGAGGAUGAGGGUCUCGGGCCCCGCUCCAACGUCAGCCUGCUCGACCAGCACCAGCACCUGAAGGAGAAAGCAGAGGCCCGGAAAGAAUCUGCAAAGGAAAAGCAGCUGAAGGAGGAAGAGAAAAUUCUGGAGAGUGUGGCUGAGGGCCGAGCUCUAAUGUCUGUCAAGGAGAUGGCCAAAGGUAUCACAUAUGAAGAGUCGAUUAGGACCAGCUGGAAACCUCCUCGCUACAUAUUGAACAUGAAGGUGGAGAGGCACGAGAGGGUCAGGAAGAAGUACCACAUCCUGGUGGAGGGUGAGAGGAUUCCUCCGCCUGUUAAGAGCUUCCGAGAGAUGAAGUUUCCACAAGCAAUUCUGAAAGGUUUGAAGAAGAAAGGAAUUGUGCAUCCAACUCCCAUCCAGAUCCAGGGAAUCCCCACUAUUCUUUCUGGCAGAGAUAUGAUCGGCAUCGCGUUCACGGGUUCGGGGAAGACCCUGGUGUUCACUCUGCCCAUCAUCAUGUUCUGUCUGGAGCAGGAAAAACGCCUGCCCUUCUGCAAGCGUGAAGGACCCUACGGACUCAUCAUCUGCCCUUCUAGGGAGCUGGCGAGGCAGACACACAGCAUCAUCGAGUACUACUGCAAACUCCUGGAAGAUGAGAGCGCCCCUCAGCUGCGCACUGCCCUCUGCAUCGGGGGCAUGUCUGUCAAAGAUCAGAUGGAGGUGGUCAAGCAUGGCGUGCACAUGAUGGUGGCCACGCCGGGCCGUCUGAUGGACCUGCUUAAUAAGAAGAUGGUGAGUCUGGAUAUCUGUCGAUACCUGGCUCUGGAUGAGGCUGAUAGGAUGAUUGAUAUGGGCUUUGAGGAGGACAUCAGGACCAUCUUCUCUUAUUUUAAGGGUCAGAGACAGACACUGCUGUUCAGUGCCACCAUGCCCAAGAAAAUCCAAAACUUUGCCAAAAGCGCUCUGGUCAAACCCAUCACCAUCAACGUGGGCCGAGCCGGAGCGGCCAGCUUGGACGUCAUUCAGGAAGUGGAGUAUGUCAAAGAGGAAGCAAAAAUGGUGUACCUUCUGGAGUGCUUACAGAAGACUGCACCUCCUGUGUUAUUAUUCGCUGAGAAGAAAGCUGACGUGGACGCCAUCCACGAGUAUCUGCUUCUCAAAGGUGUUGAGGCAGUGGCCAUCCACGGAGGCAAAGACCAAGAGGAACGAACAAAAGCCAUCGAGGCCUUCAAAGAGGGGAAGAAAGAUGUUUUGGUGGCCACUGAUGUGGCCUCUAAGGGUUUGGAUUUCCCCGCCAUUCAACAUGUAAUUAACUACGACAUGCCUGAAGAGAUCGAGAACUACGUUCACAGAAUUGGUAGAACAGGACGAUCAGGCAAAACUGGAAUAGCCACAACUUUCAUCAACAAGGGAUGCGAGGAAUCGGUGCUGAUGGAUCUGAAGGCCUUGCUGGUUGAAGCCAAGCAGAAGGUUCCACCUGUCUUGCAGGUGCUCCAGACAGGGGACGAGGCCAUGCUGGAUAUUGGAGAGGAGAGAGGCUGUGCGUUCUGCGGUGGUUUGGGUCAUCGUAUCACCGAAUGUCCCAAGUUGGAGGCCAUGCAGACCAAACAGGUUACCAACAUCAGCCGCAGAGACUGUCUGGCCAACAGCUCCAUGGACUUCUAAUACUUUGGAUUUCCUCACUUCCGGGAGCGUUGAUGUCUUUCUGCAUGUGUUCCUGGAGUAUUUAAGGUUCCGUUCUGGUGAAGAAAAAAAAAAAAAAAAAGGAAUGAUAGAACUUGUUGGAAUUUUGUUGUCACUAUGGCAGCACUUGUAAUAAAAAAGAAAAAGUGCGUAUUAAA